AUGUCUGAGGAACUGCUGCCUGUGAAGGUAUCACUGACUCCUACAGGGGUAAAUCCUGAAAACAUGUCUGAGGAACUGCUGCCUGUGGUAGUGUCAUUGACUCCUGAAAACAUGUCUGAGGAACUGCUGCCCGUGGUAGUGUCAUUGACUCCUGAAAACAUGUCUGAGGAACUGCUGCCCGUGGUGGUGUCAUUGACUCCUGAAAACAUGUCUGAGGAACUGCUGCCUGUGAAGGUAUCAUUGACUCCUACAGGAGUAAAUCCUGCAGACUUCUCUGAGGAACUGCUGCCCGUGGAGGUGUCACUGACUCCUACAGGAGUAAAUCCUGCAGACUUCUCUGAGGAACUGCUGCCCGUGGAGGUGUCACUGACUCCUACAGAAGUAAAUUCUGCAGAUAUAUCUCAGGAAGUGCUGCCUGUGGAGGUGCCAGAAAUACUCUAUUACUUAAAGUCAGGGAAGGGCACAAUCCCAUCAGGUGCAGGAAGACUACAGGAUGGAGACUCAAACAUUGAUUCUUUGGGAGAUGGUGAAGACAAUGAAGGAAGAAACGCUCCAGGCGGUGGUGAUUUUAAGAUAGAAUCCUCUCCCUGCUACUUACUGACUGUAAGGAUCAUUCGGAUGAGAAAUCUCCAGCGAGUGGAUGCCUUAAGUGAGGCCGAUUGCUACGUGACGCUGUGGCUGCCGACGGCCACAUGCGAAAAGUCCCGCACUAAAACUGUGAGAAACUCCAACAAUCCCGUGUGGAAUGAAACCUUCUACUUCAGGAUCCAGAGUAAGGUCAAGAAUGUGCUGGAGCUGACAGUGUAUGAUGAGGAUUUUGCUACUCCAGAUGACCAUCUCCUCUGUGCACUCUUUGAUACAGCUAAACUGCCAAUUGACAGAACAGUGAUCCUGUAUUUUAAGCCCAGCUCAGAGUCCAAGGAGGAGCUAGAGGUCGAAUUCAAAUUGGAGGCUGCUUCUGGUCCUCAUGAAUCCAUUGCUACCAAUGGAGUCCUGGUGUGCCGUGAACUUUGCUGCUUGGAAGUUGAAGUGGAAGAGAAGAAGCAGCAAAAAUCAAAGAAAGAGCUUUCCCUCACUGUGAAGGGCUCCUUUGAGGGGACUCAGGAUAUCACGCUGGGCCCCAAUGGAGUGGCUAGCCCAGCAGGUCCCACCAAGUUCCACUAUAUUAAGUACGCAGAGCCAACGCUGGAUGUCAUGCUGCCGAAGAAGAGGCGCUAUCACCCUUGGUCCUGUAAGUACAGUACAGAGACGGGUUCCCCAGUUGUGAUGCUGAAUUCGCUGCCCAUGGGAAGGAAAACAACCAUUGCAGAGGAGAAAAGAUUUGACUUGAAUGUGACAGCACAAAGCUGUAAUUGCUCAUGCCAACGAGACCUGGACAUGCGCUUUGGGUUUGACUUAUGUUCCGAGGAGAUGAAUUUCCUGGGGAAAAGAAGGAAAUACGUAGCAAGUGCCCUGAAAAAUGUUUUUCACCUACAACAGGAUCUGCAGGAUUUUGAAGUCCCCGUUGUGGCUAUCAUCACAACAGGAGGAGGACUGAAGUCAAUGACAGGACUAUAUGGCAGCCUCAAGGGACUCAAGAAACUAAACCUUCUGGACUGCAUAACAUACAUCAGUGGGCUGUCUGGCACCACGUGGACUAUGGCAAAUUUAUACAGAGAUGCCUACUGGUCACAGAAGGAUCUAGACACUCAUAUUGGUGAAGCCCAGAAACAAGCAACCAAAUGCAAGAUGAGCUGUUUCUCUAUGGAUCGCAUGAAGUACUACAACAAGCAGCUCUGUCAGCGGAAAGAAGAGGGAUACAGGACAUCAUUUAUAGAUCUCUGGGGGCUCAUGAUUGAGUACUUACUAAAUGAUGGGAAAGACUCCCACAAGCUUUCAGACCAGCAAGAAGCACUGUGCGACGGCCAGAACCCACUGCCCGUCUACGUAUCGGUCAGCGUCCGGGACAAAUAUAGCACCGACGAUUUCAAAGAGUGGGUGGAGUUCACCCCCUUCGAGGUGGGACUGCUGAAGUACGGUGUGUUCAUCCGCACAGAGAACUUUGGAAGUGAGUUCUUCAUGGGUCGCUUGUUAAAAAAGCUCCCUGAAUCCCGGAUCUGCUACCUUCAAGGCAUGUGGAGCAGUAUAUUUUCUGUGAAUCUAUUACAAAUAUGGGGACUGUCCCACAGUUCAGAGGAUUUCUGGAAGAGAUGGACACAAGACAGAAUAGAAGAAGUUGAUGAAGACCCUGUGCUGCCUACAAGACCCCAUGAGCUGAAGACUCGGAUGUACACUCCUCCUGGCCCCCUGUCCAAUGCCCUUCGGGGAGCACUGACUGACCGCUUCUCCGUAGCCCAGCACCACAAUUUCCUGAAAGGCUACCAGCUGCAUAACAACUACAUGGAGAAUGACCACUUCUGUCGAUGGAAAGACACUGUGUUAGACUCACGUCCCAACCAGCUGAUGCAAAACUCUGAUCACCUGGGCAUGAUAGAUGCUGGAUUUUUCAUCAAUACCAGCAGUGCACCACUUUUAAGACCACAGAGGAAAGUGGAUGUCAUCAUAUAUUUAAGUUAUACUACUGGAUCACACACAUUGACUCUAGAUAAGGCGUGCAAAUACUACUCAGAGCAGAAAAUCCCAUUUCCCAAAAUUUCUUUGACUGAUGAAGAUAAGAAAAACCUGAAGGAAUGCUACGUCUUCCAAGAUUCAGAUAUACCAGGAUGUCCAAUUGUGAUUUUUCUUCCCCUUGUGAAUGACACCUUCCAAGAGUACAAAGCACCUGGUGUCAAGCGUUGCUGCUCAGAGAUGGAGGGAGGACAACUCGACCUGACCAGUCGCUGUUCCCCAUACUGCAUGUUUGCGGUCAGGUACACGGAUGAGAACUACCAGCGGCUGCUCAACCUCAGUGAAUACAACAUCCUGAACAACUCACAGAUGAUUAUGCAGGCUUUGCAGACAGCAAUCCAAAGGAGAAGGCAAAACAUGUUCACUAGUCAUAAUCAGAAAUAUGGUGCUAUGUGCUCUGCAUAUAACCCCUGGGUAUUGCCUCCAUUUGAACCUGAAAUCCCUGGUGUGAAAGAUGAAACAGUUUUUGACCAUAAACUCAUGCCACCUCCAGCUCCGGAGAAAUGUUAUUUACAUGCAAAUAUUUCAUGUGUAACACUGGACUUCUACAUGACAGUGACAGCAAUGGAGCAAGGUGGCAUUUUAUCUCAGGAGCUGAUUCCUCAAACCACUCAGCCAGGAGAAGGAAUUAUGCUGCUGAAUCCUGAUGGGGAAGAGUGGACUCCUACUACAAAGACAGAGUCAUCUCUGUGUUACUUACUGACUGUAAGAGUCAUAAGAGCAAGAAAUAUUCACCAGGCAGAUGUCUUAAGCCAGACUGACUGCUACGUGAGCCUGUGGCUUCCAACUGCUUCAGCUGACAGAUUUCAGACUAAAACCAUCAAGAACUGCAAAGAUCCAGUCUGGAAUGAAACUUUCUACUUCAGGAUCCAGAGUCAGGUUAAGAAUGUCCUGGAGCUGGCACUCUAUGAUAAAGACGUGGUUACUCAAGAUGACCAUCUCUUUACAGUGUACUUUGAUAUAGCCAAACUUUCCCUGGGAGAGCAAGUCUUCAUGCACUUCAAGUGCGAUUCACAGUCUCGCAAAAUCUGCUGCUUGGAAGUCCAGGUGGUUGAGAAGAAGAAGAAAAAGGAGAAGAAAUCUUUUUCAAAGAAAGGAUUCUCCUUUAAAGUGCAAGGCUCCUAUGAGGGCACCCAAGAUGUUAUGCUGGGUUCUGACCUGAUCUUCAACUCCUCCUCUGCUAAAUUCCACUAUGCCAGAUACAAGCAGCCAGUGCUGGACGUCACACUACCAGGGAAGAAACAGCCUUCCUCCUUUCACUCCCAUAUGCAUGAUGCAGGCUCUCCAAAUGUAGAACUUCAUUCCCUACCAAGUGGAAAAAACAUGAUCUUAGCAGAGGAUAAAGGAUUUGAUUUAUACGCAAAGGCAGAAGACUGCCCAGACCACCUUGAUGUGCGUUUAGGGUUUGACCUCUGCAGGCAGGAGCAAGAUUUUCUGCACAAAAGACAGAAGUAUGUUGCUCCUGCUCUGAAGAAGGUACUGCAGCUGGACCAGGAUCUGCUGGAAAAUGAGACCCCAGUGGUGGCCAUCAUGACUACAGGAGGAGGAAUGAGAUCUUUGACUGCGCUGUAUGGCAGUCUGCAGGGGCUCAAGAAACUCAAUGUCUUGGACUGUGCCAUGUACCUGACUGGCUUGUCUGGUACUACAUGGACCAUGUCAAACUUGUACAGAGAUGCUGACUGGUCACUAAAGGAUCUCGACAAGCAAAUCAGUGAGGCUCGAAAACAUAUGACAAAAUGCAAAAUAAAUUCCCUUUCCUUGGAUUAUUUGAAGUACUACAAAAAGCAGCUGUGCCAACGGAAAAGAGAGGGCCGCAAAACAUCUUUUAUAGAUCUCUGGGGGCUUGUCCUGGAAUCUUUGUUGCAUGAUGGGAAAGACAACCAUAGACUUUCUGAUCAGCAACAGGCCAUUGAUCGUGGUCAGAACCCAUUGCCUAUCUAUACUGCAGUCAAUGUCAAGAACAACUACAGCACUCUGGAUUUCAAAGAAUGGGUGGAGUUCACCCCUUAUGAGGUGGGAUUGCAAAAAUAUGGAGUUUUUGUUCGUGCUGAGGAUUUUGGCAGUGAGUUCUUCAUGGGUCGGUUGAUGAAGAAGAUCCCUGAAUCUCGGAUCUGCUUCUUAGAAGGCAUAUGGAGUAGUUUAUUUUCAUUGAAUGUGUUGUACCUCUGGAAUUUGUCUCAUUCAUCAGAAGAUUUUUGGCACAGGUGGACCCGGGACAAGAUUGACAACAUAGAGGAGGAACCUGUGCUACCACUGAAGCCACAUGAGCUAAGGACUCGCCUGUCCACCCCUCCUGGCCCACUCAGUAGUGCUCUUCGUGGUGCUCUCACCGACCGCCUCUGCAUUGCCCAGGAGCACAACUUCCUAAAGGGCUUACAGCUGCAUAAUGACUACCUGGAGAACAAGCACUUCUGCAGAUGGAAAGAUACUGUGUUAGACACGUUUCCCAACCAGCUGACACAGUCAGAUGAAUUCCUGUCCCUAGUAGAUACUGGAUUUUUCAUCAACACAAGCAUCAUGCCACUUUUGAAGCCAGAAAGAAAGGUGGACGUCAUCCUGCAUUUAAAUUACAGUGCAGGAUCCCAGACACAGGCUCUGGACCAAACCUGCAAGUACUGCUCGGAGCAGGGAAUCCUUUUUCCCAAGGUGGACUUGAGUGAAGAAGACAGGAAAAACCUGAAGGAGUGUUACCUCUUUGAUGGUGCUGAGACUCCAGGGGCACCAGUGCUGCUGUUUUUCCCAUUAAUUAACGAUACCUUCCAAAAAUACAAAGCACCAGGUCUGAAGCGCUCAGAGUCAGAGAUGGAAGAUGGCAAAGUUGAUCUCUAUGGCUGCUGUUCCCCCUACUCAACAUACUCAAUUCAGUACUCUGAGAAGGCAUAUGACCGCCUGGUUCAGCUGGGUGAAUACAACAUCCUGAAUAAUGAAGACCUCAUCAUGCAGGCCUUGCGCACAGCUGUGGCACGGAAAAGGCAAAAGAAAUAA